ACGUUUUUAAUUUUAUAACAAAGUUGGUGCCGGGGAAGAUUUCAAUUUUAAUGGAAUUUAAUUAAUAAAAGGAAUAAAGAUAGUCUUCUGAAAAGAAAAUGUCGCCAAUAAACAAUAUUUUUCGGCUGAACAGCUGUUUAACAGGAAAUUUUAAAAACAUUCUACUAGGAAGGACGAAUAGGCUUAGCCCAAUACAAAUAUGUACAUACACAAAAAAGUCGGCUGAAGAAAAACUUGGUAUAGAAAAGCCAAAAAGGCCUUUGACACCAUUUUUUAAGUUUAUGACGCAGAUGAGGCCUGCUCUACUAGCUAAGAACCCUGGAAUUAGCUCUAAGGAAGCUAUAGCAUGGAGUUCUAAACAUUGGCAACAAUUAGACAGUGAGACAAAGUUGCAAAUGAAUAAAGAAUAUGAAAAAGACAUGGAGGACUACAAAAAGAUAAAAGAAAUAUAUAUGUCAUCACUCACUGAUGACCAGAAAGAAGAUAUCAAACGUGUGAAAGAAGAGAUGGGCGCUGCCAAAGAAAAACGAAAAUUGAAAGCUGAAUAUAAAGAACUGGGUAGACCAAAGAAACCCAUGUCUUCAUAUUUAUUAUUUACCCAAUCAAGAAAAGAUACUUUUAAAGGGAAACAACUGAAAGAAUACCAAGAAACAGUCAAAACAGAAUGGUUGAAACUGACUGAGACUGAACGUGUCAAGUAUGAAAAACAGGCCCAAGAGCUUAUGAAUAAAUACAAAAAAGAAUUGGAGGUAUGGGAGAUGAAAAUGAUAUCAAUUGGACGAUCAGAUCUUGUCCAGCAAAAAACCUUGCGACUGAAAACACCUAAAUCUGAGAAGAAAUCACCAUAGGAACUCGGGUGCUCUGGCUAUGAAACUGACAAAUUAAAACUUGAAUUGAAAAAUAAGGAUAGUAAACUUAGUGUACAAUAUACAGAUAAGGAGUCAUGUAGUAUGAAUACUCCAACUGAUUCCAAGCCAUUUACUGCUAAUAAAAGUAAGAUACAAAGUCACUCCUUAGUGUCAGAAGAAUGUCAGAGCACGGGUGAAAAGAAAAUACCUGAUAAAAGUCAGAAUGAGUCUAAACAAAAUGUAAAAAUACCUUAUAGAAAUCAAAACGAGUCAAAAGAAACCUUACAAGAAUUGAAAAUAUCUAAAAGAAAUCAAAAUGAGUGUAAAGAAAACUUACAAGAUGUAAAAUUAAUUCAUAAGGAGCAGAAUAUAUUGAAAGAUAACUCUCAAGAUGUAAAAAGUAAGACAAUAAUGAGUAGUAUUAAAAGCUUUUUUAAAUUUUAGUUUUUUUUUUAGUUUCUAAUAUUAUUUGUAAUGCACUGUUGACAUAGGUAAUUCUUUUUAAGUACAAAGCAUUUUCACUAUGUAUUUUGUGUUCAUAAAACUGAUACUUAAUUAU